AUGAAUAUUUGGUAUGAAGGAAACAUUUCAGAUGAAAUUACAAAAGCAUUUACUGAAAAUAAAAUAAUUGUUAUUAUUGCUAUUAAUGAUAACGAAGAGUCUCUUGUACUUAAAAAUCUAAUUGAGAAUAACUUAUCCACAAUAUUUACUACCAGUUGUUCUGGUAUUUUGAUAAAAGAAAAUACAGAAAAUAUGACUUUUUUCAGACAAUUAUACAAAAACAAAGUUACUUUCCCUUCUUUAUUUUUAUUUAACAAAAAUGGACUAUCUACUGUUUUAACUGGUGAAAAAUUAACAGUCCCUGAAAUCACAUCAUCUAUUGUUCAAUGUGCAUUAGUCACGUUACCAUCUCCACAAAACCAAUCAAACAUUAGCAAAAAAGAAAAUACACCAACAAAAGCUUUAUCAACCGAAGUCUCUCUCCUAGAAGAAACACCAGAUUCAGAAUACAUCAUCCAACAAAGGAGAAAAGAAAGUCAAGAAUUAGAACAUGAAGAAAAAAUGAGAAGAGAAAAAAAUCGUCAGUUAUUAGAAGAAAAACGUAAAAGAGAAGAAAUUAAACAGAGAAAUGAAGAAAUAGAAAUGAAACAACAAGAGUUGAGUGAUAAAAAAUAUGCAGAACGUGUCACGUUAGAAAUCCUUGCUGAAAAAGAACAACAAAAACAGAAAGUUAGAGAAGAAGAAUUAAGAGUUAGAGAAGCAGAAGAAAAGAAAAAACAAGAAGAAUUAGAACGAAAAAAUGAAAUGAAAAAGUUUGUUCAAGUUGCUUUUAGACUUCCAAGUAGUGAAACAAUUAAACAACCCUUUGAAAAAACAGAUACUCUAGCAGACUGUUUUGCAUUUCUUGAAACAAAAGGUUAUAAGAAAAGAGAAAUUGAAUUAUUAAAUUCAUUAAAAAGAACUCCCUUAAAUGAUGAAAAACUUAAGUUGGAAGUAUUUUAUCCAUCUAUUGUUAUCUAUGUUGUGAAAAAGAAAGAGUUAGGAGUUGUUAAAAAAGCAGAAAAUAAAUCAUCUAAUCCAAGUGAUCGAGUAAUGGAACAAGAUCAAGAGUUUCAACAAAGAAAUGGAUAUCAAGCUUUAGACCAACAAGAAACUCCACAAGAAAAUGUACCAAAAAAUAAAUUUCUACGUUUCAUGAAGGGAUUUUUAACAGGAAAAUAA